CCGGAAGUAGUGGGGGCGCGCUGGUCCCCAGCAUGGCGGCCGCCUGGCCCUCAGGGCCGGUUGUUCCAGAGGUUGUGGUCGCCCAGCUCCUGGGUCUCCUGUGGUUCGUGUCAGCCACCACGGGACCUUGGGGAGCUGCCGCUACCGCCGCCAUCGGGGGCGAGGAGACGCUUAAAUGCGAGGAUCUCAAAGUGGGACAAUAUAUUUGUAAAGAUCCAAAAAUAAAUGAUGCUACCCAAGAACCAGUUAACUGUACAAACUACACAGCUCAUGUUCCAUGUUUUCCAGCACCCAACAUUACUUGUAAGGAUUAUGGUGGUAAUGAAACACAUUUUACUGGAAAUGAAGUUGGUUUUCUCAAGCCCAUAGCUUGCCGAAAUGUAAAUGGCUAUUCAUACAAAGUCGCAGUUGCCCUCUCUCUUUUUCUUGGAUGGUUGGGAGCAGAUCGAUUUUACCUGGGAUACCCUGCCUUGGGUUUGUUAAAGUUUUGCACUGUAGGGUUUUGUGGAAUUGGGAGCCUAAUUGAUUUCAUUCUUAUUUCAAUGCAGAUUGUCGGCCCUUCAGAUGGGAGUAGUUACAUUAUAGAUUACUAUGGAACCAGACUUACAAGACUGAGUAUUACUAAUGAGACCUUUAGAAAAACACAGUUAUAUCCAUAAAUAUUUUUAAAAGAAACAGAUUUGGACCUCUUUGAGUUAGAGAACUUUCAGUAUGUGGAAUUCCAGAUUUUCCUUUAUCCUUCUUUUCAUACCACUUUGUGGACUUUGUAUGAUUUUGUGUGUGCGUUGACAUUUUUUUGUGUUUUAGUUAAAAUAUAUUAUUUGAGAUUUAUUUAACAUGACUUUCUUUGAGAGCUGUGUGAUUAUAGAGUCUUUCUUACAUUACUGUCUCUAUGAGACAGAUAGCUUAUUACCCUGGUAGUCUUUAAAGUCUUUUCCAAAGGCAAGUUCCCACUUGUCAUUUUCUCAUCUAAAAAAUAAAAGUAUGACUUCUUCACAUUUUUAGUGCUUUAUUAUUAAGAAAACCUCACAUGUUGUAUAUAGCCAUCUUCUGCUUUUUUGAUCCUUCAAAGUAGUUAAUCCAUGGUGUGAACAAAUACCAUUUAUAUUGCCUAGGGCUAGUUUUGUGUAUAACAACCCACCUGUUUUUCUGCAGCUUUCAGAUCUGUCUUUACUUGGUAUCCAGGGAGCUAAAGAUCAUCAGGGAGUCUGAAACCUUGAGGCAACAUGGAUACUUCUGGCAUUGAUCCAGGCCUCUGAAGUGUGAACUUUUUCCUUUCACUUUGGGAGUGAUGCACUGGCUCUUGGAAGAGCAGAUGCUGACUCAUCUGGCUCAAUGCAGUUAUAUUUGAAGCUGAAUGGACAAGGUGGGAACACCAAGCAGAUGAUAAAUGUCUUCCAUCUGUUAGCGCUGCCAGGCAGAUGCCGGCACAAGUUCCUUAAGGAUGUACCAGUGUCUGAAGGAAGCAGCACCUGUGUGUUAGCAUUGGAGGUUCUCACUGAAUGUAGAGGAUUUUAAGAUGGAAAUAUCUGAAAAUGUAUCAUGCUAUUAUGUGCUUUCUUUAGUAAAAAGUUACCAAUUUCAAGAGUUACAGGGGUCUGAAUUCCUUAGGAAUAAAAAUCGUAAUUUUUUUAUCACUCAUUUUACUCAAAAGUGUAUAUAUAGUACAGUUAGCUUCAUAGUAUGUUAUUCAAUAACAGUUUCUCCAGUUGGUAGACGAUUAUUAAGGAAUGGUUUAUAAAGUGAAUUUGGGUUAACUCCUAAUGUACACCUGGAAUGGUGUCUUUGAUUCAUCCAUUCAUUAAAAUAAUGAGUGUCUAUCAUGUGAAAGCACCAAGCUGGAUGCUUAAAGUGCUGCAGUGAAUGAAAUGUAAGUCUCUUUCCACAGUCACAUAGCUUCAGUUAUCAAAUCCUUGUAGUCAAAUCUUGCAAACUUAAUCUUGCUACUUAUACAGCUGCUACCAUUAUUAAUUUGGCCAGGUGGGAAGACUGUUUCCAAGCAGGUGCUUCUCAGAGUAUUUAAACAAAUAAGCUGUACUCCCAAAGAGUUGUUAAAAUCAGUAAAGUUCCUUCACAAUAAUCGUAACCCUUCAGCCCUUAUAUCUACUAUUAUAUGCUGAAUUUACUUGAGAAGAACAUUCGAUCGCCUAAUUCCCUGUUGCCAAUAUAUAUGAUUCUUUGACAUGGUUUAUCUGUGUAUUUAUUUUUUAUGUGAAUGCAUUUAAUGCAUAUGAAUAAAGGUUGGUAUUUGUUUUGUUUUUGACUUUUAUGGCACACUUACACUGUUUCACUGUGGCUAUAGUAGUAGUACAUGUAAGUGAAAUACGAGUUAAUACCACUGCAUGAGAUGUGCUAUAUGAUAAUCCUGCUUUUGGAGCAGUGGCCGAAAUUGUGAGAUGGAUUAACUCAGUGACUCCUUGGGUUACUCUGAAACCCUCUAGGGUAGAAUGGAAUGGAUUCUUUCAAUCCUAAAGAAAGUGUUUCUAUAGAAACAUUUACAAAUGGUCCUUUAGCCUGAAAGGAUUAAUACAAUUUCCAGAAGUACCUCAUUACCCAGGAAGAUUCUUACCUACACUGUAUUAAACUAAAGAAUCUAUUUAAGAUUUCAAAGAUUAUGUUAGGUGUACAGUUGCAUUUUUUCAUGGGACUGCUAGAACUAUAAGAAAUACUAGUUUUGGGGUAUAUCUUGUAUUACCAAAAAUAUUGUCUUUUCAUGUUCACCUAUAUGCUUAUGGGUAAGUUAAGUGUUAACUGAUACUAACUACUGAGAAGUAACUAGGAAACUAAAGUAGAUAUAAUAGCAAGAAACUAGCAGAAGGAAAGUUCUUAAAAAGUCCAAGUCUAAGAUAGUGGUUUUUCUUCCUUUUUCAAAUCCUCUAAAUAUAGUUAUUCUGUAGGUUCUGACACCUUCCCUUUCUCUCAUUCAAACAAUCCCCACUGUGCAUUUUUCUAUUUACAAAACUGAAACAAGCUUAAAUUCAGAAUUUUAGGGGAAACACCAAAAUGUACAAAAGAGGAAUUCAUUCCACAGCCCAAUACUAACAUUUUCAUGUGUUUCCUAGUAGGGUUUCCAUGCAUGUUUGUACAUUUUUUUCAACACCAAAAUGAUACCAUACUGUUUUAUAGCCUGCUCCUUCUCAUUGUAAAGAUUUUUCUAUUUCAAUAAAUAUUCUUUUAUAAAAUAAUUUUUAAUGACUACAGAGUACUCCAUGUCUGUUUCACAAUGUAUGCAGUUCCUUCCUGUUUGGUAUUGAGGUUAUUCCAGUGAUUUGACUAAUGUAUAUUUCUGUUCUUUUCCUCCAAUUGCUAAUUUUAAGUUUUCCAUCGAUUCAUACAACUCACCUUUCAGUUAUCCUGGUGCAAAUUAACUGGAUAAAUCACUAUGGUGACCUGUAACUUCUAGUUUGGUCUGCAGUCAGGCCACCGUGUGUUAGUGUUGAUUACUGCCUCUUACAUCCGAGAGACUGGAGAAGAGCAAACUUAAAUAACAGAAUAGCUGCUUGUUAUGCGUAUAGGAAGAUGUAACAAUUCUAUGUUUGGCACAGGUGUCAAAAUAAUCCACUGAAUUUAUCUAUUUGCCCUCUAGAAAGCUUCAAGAUAAAGUCUUAUAAGAGUAAGUAAGAAACUUACUCUUAAUGGUCUUGUCAUGUGCUGAGGGGAUGGGAGAGAGAUAAGUUUGGAAAACAAGCAAAGUUGUUGAUUAGGAAUGAAUUAAAGAAUUCUGAAUAGCAUUGACU